AUGAAUCAACUACUUAAGACGAAAAGUCACCUUGGCCGAUUCGGCGUUCGUGCCUACACCUCUCGCAGGCCUCGACCUUGUAUUCUCAACUUUAGCACAACUAACAAGUUGUCAAACCCGAUUGAUCGUGCGACCGCCGCUCGCGAUUUUGUUGCCUUACUGACUCCCAUCGCGAACGCGGAGCAAGAGCCAGUCUUACCCAAGCCGUCCGGCGGGGAUGCUUCUUCCGUUCCCGACCGCCGCAAAGUCCUCUCCGCCAUCGAGUCGCUGCUCCAUACCCUGAAUCCGGAGCAGCCGUUGUACGCUGCAUUCCAUGACGGCCUGGUACACGAUCCGCUCGGCGGCGGUUCCUACGCCUUCCGGGAUGACCUUAUCAAACCUCUCCUGGAAGGCCUCAUGCACGAUGAAGCCCUCAAUCUUGACGCGUAUGCGGAAGCACGGCUGGCUGACAACAUUCCGAGUCGCCCAAUCGUCAUCCACGCAGGAGCACAGCCCAACAACUCACCACACUGCGGCACUCUCAUCGUCUUCUGCUAUGCCUUCGCGGUGGCUCGAGCGAUGCGGGACCGAAUGCAGGCCAUGGCCGCGCACAGUCGGGCUGUAUUCCAGCCUCCUCCUGUCUCAGUCAACAUAACCUUCGUCGACACGGCACCAGUCAAGGGAGAAGGACUCGAAAUCGACGGAAUCCACUACCAAAAGUCAUACCGAGACACGCCCAGCGCCUCAGCCACCUGGACAGGCGACUACCACGAAGUACUCAACCUCCUCUCCCGCUGGUCCAACAUCCCCGUCACAACAACCGUCCAAUCCGACUUCUUCUCCAACCCCUUCGUGCCGCAGCUGCUCGACUACUUCAUCACUAACCACCGCACCCUCGGCCGCCAGCUCUCCCCCAAGUACGGCACCCUCGCCCUGCGCGCCGCCUGCCCCAUUCCCGGCUGCAACCUCGCCGAAAAACACGGCCGCCUCAACCGCUACACCAAGAGCACCACCACCCCCGACACCCCCGCGGCAAUCAUAUUCCACUGCCCGCAUCACGGUCCCCACACCAUCCCCAUCACCCGCAACCCGCCCGCCCUCUCCCGCCUCGAAGCCAACGCCCCGACGCGCAACCUCCUCCGCAGCAUGAGCCACCUGCUCGACACCCACACGCACCACGUGCGCGUGACCGGCGCCGACUACGCGGGCGGGGUACCAGGAGGCGAUGCUCUACCGGCCGCUGGCGGAGUGGAGCGCAGCGAUGGGGGUGAAAGGGGGAGGGUGUUGGGGACGGCGGGGUUGGGGAGUUAUCGCGUGUUGAAGAGGGGGGUGGUGGGUGGUGAUAGGGUGGCGGGGGAUGAGGAGGGGUUGAGGAGGAUUUGGGAGGAGGUGGGGAGGUGGGUGGCGGAUCCGAGGAAGUUGUUUCGGUGUUAUUCGGUGGAGUACUUGAGGAGGGUGAUUGUUGAGGGGAGGGCGUGGGAGUGA